AUGUUAGCAGACUACUGCUGGACAGUAACAAGAGAUGCCCCAGAACUUGAAUACAAGAGACAAGCAAAAAUCGCCAAGUUUACUCAAGAUAAUACCAAGGGGAAGCUACACAAGCAAAUAGAGGACCCGCUCUACCACACUGAUAACAAACCAGCCAAGCGGCGCCACAUAUACACACACCCGCCUGUAAACCAAACUACAUGUACACCAGCGCCUGUAAACAAAACUACACGUACACCAGCGCCUGUAAACAAAACUACACGUACACCACCGCCUAUAAACAAGACAACACGUACACGAGCGCCUGUAAACCAAACUACAUGUACACCAGCGCCUGUAAACAAAACUACACUUACACCACCGCCUGUAAACAAGACAGCACGUACACCACCGCCUGUAAACAAGACAACACGUACACCACCGCCUGUAAACAAGACAUCACCACCUGUAAACAAGACAGCACGUACACCAAUGCCUGUAAACAAGACAAUACGUACACCAGCACCUGUAAACAAGAUGCCACGUACACCAGCUCCUGUAAACAAAACUAAACAUACAUCAGCGCCUGUAAACAAAACUACACAUACAUCAGCGCCUGUAAACAAAACUACACGUACACCAGCUCCUGUAAACAAAACUAAACAUACAUCAGCGCCUGUAAACAAAACUACACAUACGUCAGCGCCUGUAAACAAAACUACACGUACACCAGCUCCUGUAAACAAAACUAAACAUACAUCAGCGCCUGUAAACAAAACGACACGUACACCAGCACCUGUAAACAAGACAACACGAACACCCCUGUUUGAUCUCCUGGAGGUUGCGUUCAGUGAGAGCGACAAGGGUAAGGACGUCUGCACACUGAAGCUCAGUAAUGGAAGCUGCCGACAUCUUUGUUUCUGCCAGGAGUCUUCUUAUGUUGAAAAGACCCAUCAUCCGCGUUUCACCAGCACCCUGCAGGACACUGUGUACCGCACCAGAACCCUGCAGGACACUGUGUACCGCAACAGCACCCUGCACGACACUGUGUACCGCACCAGCACCCUGCACGACACUGUGUACCGCACCAGCACCCUGCAGGACACUGUGUGCCGCACCAGCACCCUGCAGGACACUGUGUACCGCAUCAGCACCUUGCAGGACACUGUGUACCACACCAGCACCCUGCAGGACACAAUGACACCAAUGUACCGCACCAGCACCCUGCACGACACUGUGUACCGCACCAGCACCCACCACGUUUUACUGUGUACCACGCCGCGCCCGCCGGGUUACCUGUGUGCCACCAGCACCCUGCAAGGCACUGUGUGCCUCACCAGCACCCUGCAGGACACUGCGUGCCGCACCAGCACCCUGCAGGACACUGUGUACCGCAUCAGCACCCUGCAGGACACUGUGAACUGCACCAGCACCCUGCAGGACACUGUGUACCACCAGCACCCUGCACGACACUGUGUACAGCACCAGCACCCUGCACGACACUGUGUGCCGCACCAGCACCCUGCACGACACUGUGUACCGCAGCACCGGGACACUGUGUGUGCACCAGCACCCUGCAGGUUGCUGUACCGCACCAGCACCCUGCACAGGACACUGUGUGCGCGCCAGCACCCUGCACGACACUGUGUGUGCCGCACCAGCACCUGCAGGGACACAGUGUGCCGCACCAACUUCCCUGCACGACACUGUGUACCGCACCAGCACCCUGCACGACACUGUGCCGCACCAGCACCCUGCGACACUGUGUACCGCACCAGCACCCACCGCACUGUGUACCGCAUCAGCCUGCAGGACAUUGUGUACCGCACCAGGACUCUACGGGACACAUGUACCACGCCAGCACCCUGCAGGACACUGUGUACCACACAGCGCCCUGCACGACACUGUGUGCACCAGCACCUGCACGAUACUGUGCCGCAUCCCAGCAUAUGCAGGACAUUGUGUACCGCAGGACUCUGCAGGACACGCGCACCAGCACCCUGCAGGUUGCUGUGUACCGCACCCUGCACGACACUGUGUACCGCACCAGCACCCUGCACGACACUGUGUUCCGCACCCAGCACCCUGCACGACACUGUGCACCGCACCAGCACCCUGCACGACACUGUGUACCGCACCAGCACCCUGCACGACACUGUGUACCGCACCAGCAUCCUGCACGACACUGUGUACCGCACCAGCACCCUGCACGACACUGUGUACCGCACCAGCACCCUGCACGACAGUGUGUACCGCACCAGCACCUUGCAGGACACAGUGUACCGCCCGCACCAGCACCCUGCGGGACACAGUGUACCGCGGACUUUUCCAAAUCUCCGUCGUAAAGAUGAACGAGACCUUGUUGAAAGUCUGCCGAGUCUACAGAGUGCUAUUAAGGUUACAAUUUACCCUUCUAAUGGAUUUUCGACUUCUGAAAUUGACUAUAUCGAUGGCUACUUAAAGCUGCCAUUGCGAUCUAUUGAAGAAUACUAA